GUGAGGAGGACCCGCGCGUAUUUACGCUCAGAGUGUGUGUGUGUGUGUGUGUGUGUUUGUGUGCGUGUGUCCGGGGAGAGUCGGAGAGCCCGCGGCGCGCUGACAGACAGCAGAGCCGGAGCCGGCAGCCUCCAGAGAGAGAGAGACAGAGAGACAGAGACAGAGACAGAGAGAGAGAGAGAGAGAGAGAGGAGGAAGAAGCUCCUCUCGGCUCGUGCCGUCUUGGUUUGGAUUGGACUCGCCUCUCCACGCGCUCUCUCGGCUGGCGUCAGCGCGCAGCUGGAGAAGGAAAGCAAACACGCUGAUUAAGAAGAAGAAGGCUCCGAUUCAGCCCCGAGCGGCUCCACAGCUUUUUGAUCGUAUUUUUAGCAUCCCUCUUCUUUCCCCUCCUCUCUCCCCCGUCCCUUCUGAGCGCUGGAGUGACAGAGGGAGGGACGGGAGAACCGGGCGGACGGACCGUGAAGCUGCGCGCCUCCCCGGUGGAUGAGCCACUGGAUGCGGGACGAUGGAUUAACAGCCUCCCCCCCCGGAGCCCGCAGCUGCUGCUUUUUCGCCGCCGACCCCCCCAGUGCACCUCGGGAUUAUUUCAGCUCUCACCGGCCUCCCCUCCCUCCCUCUCGAGAUGACCGAGGAAUAUGUUUUGCGGUGCGUCCUGAUGCUCUGCUGCGCGCUCCUCUCGGCCAACGCGAGUAACUGGCUGUAUCUGGCCAAGCUGUCGUCAGUGGGAAGCAUCAGGGACGAGGAGACAUGCGAGAGGUUACGAGGCCUCAUCCAGCGACAGGUUCAGAUCUGUAAGCGCAGUGUGGAGGUGAUGGAUGCGGUGCGUCGGGGAGCCCAGCUGGCCAUAGACGAGUGUCAGUUCCAGUUUCGCAACCGUCGAUGGAACUGCUCCACUCUGGAGACCAUGCCUGUGUUUGGCAAGGUGGUCACCCAGGGCACCCGCGAGGCAGCCUUUGUGUACGCCAUCUCAGCAGCCAGUGUGGCGUUUGCGGUCACAAGAGCCUGCAGCAGCGGAGAGCUGGAAAAAUGUGGCUGUGACCACAAUGUACAUGGAGUCAGCCCAGAGGGCUUCCAGUGGUCGGGCUGCAGCGAUAACAUUGCGUAUGGAGUAGCAUUUUCUCAGUCCUUUGUGGAUGUGAGGGAGCGGAGCAAAGGCCAGUCCUCCAGUCGGGCUCUCAUGAACCUGCACAACAACGAGGCUGGGAGGAAGGCCAUCCUGUCACACAUGCGUGUGGAGUGCAAAUGUCAUGGUGUGUCGGGCUCCUGUGAGGUGAAGACCUGCUGGAAAGCCAUGCCGCCAUUCCGCAAGGUGGGCAACGUCAUCAAGGAGAAGUUUGACGGCGCCACUGAGGUGGAGCAGCGCAAGGUGGGCACCACCAAAGUCCUGGUGCCUCGGAACUCCCAGUUCAAACCUCACACGGAUGAAGAUCUGGUCUACCUGGACCCGAGUCCGGAUUUCUGCGACUAUGACCCGCGCACGCCGGGCAUGCUGGGCACAGUGGGCCGCCAGUGUAACAGAACCUCGAAGGCCAUCGACGGCUGCGAGCUAAUGUGCUGUGGCCGCGGCUUCCAGACGCAGGAGGUGGAGGUGGUGGACAGGUGCAGCUGUAAGUUCCACUGGUGCUGUUACGUCAAAUGCAAACAGUGCCGCAAAAUGGUGGAGAUGCACACUUGCCGGUGAUGGGAGUGGGUUGCACAGAGGGCGCUGCUGAUGAACUAAACAAAUGCCCCGCACUCCUACUCCAAGGCCAGGGAGCAAGGACGACUCGUGUAACUCCAUCUUCUCCUGCUUGAAACCGCCCCACCCUCCGACUACUGGUCAGCGGAAACAGACUGAGUGGCUGAGAGGUCGAACGUCACCCUAUUCGUUUAAUGCCACCGUAAUGGAUAUCAAUAGAUUAUGCAUGGGAUUUCCUACAAAGCUACAGAGGCAGUGUGUUUCUUCUCAAGUAGAAAGCAUCUUUUCACUUUCUGCCUCCCUCCGUCACUCUCGUAUUUGCUUUGACAUUGAUGCUUCUUAUUUUUGUAAUGUUUAACUUAUUUGUUGAGACUGAGGAGACUGAUGGGGGGGUGAACCUGGAAGGAGGGGACAGAUGAGUGGCGAUGAUAAGGGACAAACUGGACCCAUGGGUGGGCAAGAUGGGUGGGUGGGGUCAAGUUGGAGGGUCGUUUCCCCCUCUGUUCUUGCUGCUGCUGCUGCUGCUGCUUCUUCGGGGACUCACUUCGAGUGCUGGAUGUCAAAAAGGGAGAGUCCGUCAGAGGACGGACUCGAACAACAAAGAGGGACGCAUCGCAGACGGACUGCCUGCGAUUGGCUUCCUGAGCUGCGCUGAGGUUCAGUCGCAGCUGAGUCAUUUAUUUUGCCCCCUGCAACGCCCUGAUGCUGCUCCACUCACACACACUCCCUCUCUCUCUGUCAGAGGGAGGACGAUGAUGAUGGACAGGUGAAAGCCACUGUCAGCUGCUUCCUGUCUUUUCUGUAGGCCCGUAGCACUGGCAGGUGAUGGGCAUGAGACACACAAAACACACACAUACCCAGCAAAACAUCGCUCCGAAACGACAUUUGCGUAUCCACAGCUGCUACCUGCAACGGGGAACCUUGUAACAGAACAGUUUCCAGAUUCCAGAUUUUGUUGUUUGUCACCAUUUCAGAACAUCAUGUUGUGUGUGCGUGCUCACCUGGAUCGACGUCGAUCUCGCGCUCCUCCCGUAUGCAAGUUGGCUCGACGCGAACGCGAGUAGACACACAGAGAUGUGCAUGCACCAGCAGACACACACAAUGUAAACACACACAUCGACAAAGGGGUCCGCCAGAGGGUUGCCGAGCAUGUUCACCGUGCAUGAUGACUGAAGCACUUUCUCUCCAAGCGCACAUAGAGCCCUCGCCCCACAGAAACACAUUGAAAUUAUCCCUGUUCAUUUCACACACACACACACACACACACACACACACACACACACACACAAACAGUUUCCCAUGCCACUGUGAGGACUCUAUUGUUGUCUUGUACCACCACCAUAAAGCCAAGCUUUCCUAUAAUAACGUGCUAUCAUUAUAAAGACAUACUGUAGAUCUGUAAAGACUUAUACACUGAAGAAGACUAUACUGCCUAUGAAUGUAUGUUA